AUGGCAGAAUCACCCCAACCCCCGACCAUCCACGAAGGCGCCUCCGGCCCGCACGCACCCACCUCGACAGCCGAAGACCGCAAAGCCGCUGCCGCCCUGUCCUCGCUCGACGCCCCGGACGACGAUUCCGCGGCAGGCAAGAAGGACGUCGACCCGAAAGCGCUCGGCGAGGCGAUGAAGAACCUGUCUGUUACGGAGAACAGUAAGGCGGGUCCCGAGAAGGCGGGUCCGGAGAAGAAGAACAAGACGAUUAGGAUUGAGCCUGCUGAUGUUACACUGCUUGUUUCCCAACUCGACAUCUCAAAGGCAAAGGCAACCGAGCUGCUGCGGUCCGUCGAUGGCGAUACCGUAAAGGCGAUGACAGCAUUCAUAACCGCGACGAUUUAA